AUGAGUGCACUCGUGGCGAGUGGCGCGCCGCUGGCGCUGUUGGUGCUGCUGCUGCUGCUGGCGAGCGGCGGAGGCGCCGGGGCCGAGGCGUCCAGCUCGGAAAUAGCCGACAUCCUGCAGCGGCCGAUCCGUGCCGCCUCGUUUCCGCCAGUCAGCAACACGGGCAUCUUCGUGGCGCUGGCGGUGCCGCUGGAGGACCCGGCCAACUCGGUCUCCCUGUCGUACUUCUUCGAGGCCAACUACGGCUUGCCCGACAACUCGAGUCUGCUGGCCGAGGUGCUGCCCGCCAGCCGUCGCAAGCGGAGCAUCGACCGGUCCGCCGUUUACGCGCUCAUUCGGAGCAGAUUCGAGAGCGCUGGAUUCCCUGGGCGACACUGCCUGCUAAGAUCGAUCUGUGAGGCCUCGGAGCAUCCUUUCGAGCUGCACAAUGGCUUGCUCGGAGACGUCUUGCGCGUUGUCUUCACGCCGUCGAGCUCCAGAGCGGAGGAUCAGCUUCCAGACGGGGUGGUCGGCGCCGAGCUGGCCGGGCGCAGCGGCGACUGCUCCGAUUACCGCUCGAGCUGCUCGCUCGGACUUUUCGACUUGAUUGGCGUUCUGCAGUGAUGGCCGCUCG